GAAGCGUGGGGCGCGUGCGCUGCUGCGUCCCGAACGCAGUGCCUAGCGCUCCUGGCGCCCGCGGAAGGGCUGGCGUUGGCGCUGGUGGCAGGCCGGUGGCAGGCCAGUGGUGGCAGGCCGGUGGCAGGCCAGUGGUGGCAGGCUGGUGGCAGGCCAGUGGGGGUCCACCGCUACGGCCUCUUCCGGGUACUGAUGGAGUCGUCCCGGAUUCUCUAGGAGGAGGGUCCGCAACUGCGAGCCAGGGAGAACCCGGGACAUCAGCACCUGCUGCCGCGUGAGGGGAGACCCCRGGCUUGAGAGUGAGGUGUGCUGGCGAAGGGAAGGAGGACCUCUAGAUGCCCGGGAACCUCUUUCACAAGAGGAAAAGCUCAGAGGAUGGCGCUUAAUGGGUGCUUCAGUUUGGACUACCAUGGCAACCCCCACCCAGGGGACUUGAUUGAAGUGUUCCGUCCUGGCUAUCAGCACUGGGCGCUGUACUUGGGUGAUGGUUAUGUAAUCAACAUAGCACCUGUAGAUGGCAUUCCUUCAGCAUUUACGAGUGCCAAGUCUGUGUUCAGCACAAAGGCGCUGGUGAAGAUGCAGCUCUUGAAGGAUGUGGUAGGAAAUGACAAAUACCGAAUAAACAACAAAUAUGAUGAAACGCACCCCCCUCUCCCUGUGGAUGAAGUCAUGCAGCGGUCAGAGUUUGUUAUUGGACAAGAGGUGGCAUAUGACUUACUGGUCAACAACUGUGAGCAUUUUGUGACUUUGCUUCGCUAUGGAGAAGGGGUUUCAGAGCAGGCCAACCGAGCAGUAAGUACCAUUGGAUGGGUGACAGCUGCUGUUGGUGCCUUCUCAUUCCUGGGCUUGUUUUCAAAAAGACAAAGAGCAAAAUACUAUUAACAAUUUAUUGAAGAGAUAUUGGAACUGAAGGAAUUUGUGAGGAGGAAAAUAAAUUUUAAAAAAAUCCUGGAAUGAAUACUUACUUUCAACGCAUCAUUAUUGUUCCAAAUUCUGAUGAUGGAUAGCAGGCUCUUUAACAAAUUGCUUUCUGAUAUUAUCUUA